ACGAAAUUAUGUUGUUGACAAUCAAAAUAACGUUGAAAAUUUAUUGAAUCAUGAAAGAUUAUUACAUCCUCGAAUGGUUUUCUUGAUAAUUGUACGUCUCCUUACAGAAUUAUUACGUCGUAUAAAAAAAGCAUCCAUCAAAGAAACGAUGCACCAAAUUUCCGACGAUUUACAAAAAUUAAAGACCAAUUAUCAACAAUCCAUUCAACAUCAUACUGCCAAUGCAAAAACCCGUCAAUUGAUAAUUUGA